AUGCUCCCCCUGCUAGCUACCCUGCUGCAGCUGCUCCUACUCCUGCUCCUCUGCUCUACCCCAUCAAUCCACGCAUCCCCCUUGACCCAUCCAUCACGCGGCCCACGCAUCGCAGGCCCCGAUGCAGAGCAACGCUGCCUCUCCCUCUCGCGCACCUUCAACACCAGCUCGAUCCACUACACGCUCAAUAACACUUUCACCCAAUACUACCCCACAGGGUCCAACCCCUCACUCGAGCUCCUCGCCCAAUCCUUACCACCUGGGGUCCUCCCAUCCUCACCAAGCCUAAAGGCUCUCCUCGAAGGCGUCGGACCGGACUUUGACCUCUCUCUCGACGACUAUGGCAAGAACACGGGGCCAGAAGCAAAGAAUGGGCCGCUGGGAGGUCUGCCAGCCUUCUGCCGUUUCGGAGCGUACAUCAAGACGAGUAACCUCACGCAGGUCUUCGCCGAGGUGUGGAUGCCGCUGGCCGCGAAUGGGAGUAUAGAUUUGGCAGCUGUUAAUGCUACCGACUAUCCGACGAGUAAUACGCCGAUCGAGUUGGAUGAGAAGGGGGGAUUCAUCAAGGGACCGCCCUACCUGGUCAACAAUGGAUCGGCAGCGCCUCCAAGCUCGAGCGCUCCUCCAACCAAUGCAAGCCCCAGCGCAGGUGCCCCCGCCUCCUCAUCGGCACCGCCAGCAGAUGCAGCGUCAUCCCCCUCUUCCUCGCCACCUCUCACUCCACGCUCCUCCUCCCAUCCGACCCACCUCACGGGCACCCAACUCCUCGGCUCAGGCGACGGGUGGAACGGCCGUCUCCUCUACAUCGGCAACGGCGGGCUACGUGGCGCGGUCCCCUUUACGGACCUGAAAGCCAACAUGGCUCGCUAUCGAUUCGCGGUGGUAGGCUCGAACACGGGGCACUGGAGCACCACGGGCGGGGCCACCUGGAUCAACGGCACGCAGAUCAAUGAGACGCUCUUGGAUUGGGGGAAACGGAGCACGCAUGUUUCACGCCAGCUAGGCGAAGAAGUCAUAGCCGCCUUCUACGGCGCUGAGCCGCGACGCGCCUACUACACGGGCUGCUCCAAUGGAGGAAAGCCCGGCCUCGCCUCAGCCAUGUAUUACCCCAAGGACUUUGAUGGGAUCUUGGCGGGGGCGCCGGGGAUCAACUUCAAUCGUAUGAACGUUGGGCAGAUACACACGCAAAAGGUGCACCGCAUCGCCUCGGUCGGGCAGGAGGCUUGGUUCAGCCAGGUGGUCCUUCAGGGCCCCGUGCACCAGACUAUACUGGAUCAAUGCGACCACCUAGACGGGGUCGUCGAUGGCGUCAUCUCUGCGCCCAAGAGAUGCAAGCCGGACUUCAGGGCUGCACUACUCUGUGGCCGUGCCGGCGCCAAGUAUGGGGCAAGCAACGAGACGUGCCUCACAGAGGCGCAAAUCAUCAACCUCGAGGAGCUCUAUCGUCCCACGAUCCUCAACGGGACAUUCAUCUACCCGCCCUUCGCGUACGGUGCAGAGGGGCAAGCUUCGACCCUCAAGGGCACGCAGGCCAAGGCUGGCAAUUUCUUCUCACUAGCCGUACGACGUCAGCCUGACCUCUCGGCAGAGGCGACGGGCAAUUUUUCCUAUUGGGACUCUAUCACUGCGCAAGACGUGGAGGAGGGGGAUAGAGAGGGGCAGAACUGGGUGAGCUACAAGACGGACCUUAGCGAGGCGUUCAGUGCAGGGAGCAAGAUAAUGGUCUACCACGGCCUGGCGGAUGCCUUUACCAUUUCUCCCUACUCGACCGAGAACUACAUCAAGGCCGUGGCGGCCAACAGUAAGACUCGUGGGCCCCUCGAUGAGCACAUGCGUUUCUAUCCGGUGCCGGGGAUGCACCACUGUCGUGACGGGCCGGGGGCGUGGCAUUUUGGUGGUCCGACGCAAAAUGAUGCGGGGAACCGACCUUACCUCUUCAGGACGGAUUAUGAUAUGUUGUUGAGCCUGGUAGCGUGGGUGGAACGCGGGCACAAGGAGGAAUAUCAGGUGGGAGCCGCGUACGGGAUGAGGGAGAAGGUGAUUCCUGAGGAGCCUGCGGAGGGAGCAAGCGCGGGUGGGGGGAGCUCGGCUGAGAAGAGGAAGAGGAGCAGCGCUGAUGAGGUGAUCGAGUGGAUGGGCGAGCAGGAACGCGACGCCACGGGUGGCUUGCCGCUGGACGCACUCGCUCCUCCCCUCACCAACAGCACCUCCUCCCCCUCUCCCAACAACAGCUCCGUUCCCGCCGCGCCUGCCCCGCCUCCGCAGCCAAAAGAGCCCCUCCUCCCGACCGUCUACUCGAGCUACCAUUACGGGUUGCGUUUCACGCGCAAGCUCUGCCCUUGGCCCAAGGAGGCGAAGUACGUGGGGAAGAAGGGAGAGGAGGGUGCGAUGGGUGAGGACGCUUACAAGUGGUUUGACAUUUACGCAUUUUUCCUCCUCUGGGCCCUCCUCCAAGAGCGACUCACGACAACCCCUUACGUGACGCACGCACACGAUGGCAUUGCCUUGAUCCCUGGUGAGGUGGGGACCACCACCGAGUACUUUUCUAGUCCCUUGUUACUCCAGUGGGGUCAAGCGGUCGCGAGUACGGGAGUGGCGACAGCUUAUCUGCUGGCUGUCGGGCGCAGAAAUAGGGGAAAAGGAGGGGGAGAGACGAUUUGGGAGAGGCUGGGGUUGGCAGCUCUUUUGCCCUCGGGAGCUCAGAGGAUUGAGAAGCAGGUGACACCACCUCAGCCAAAGGCCAAUGGACAUGUCGUCGCCUCCUCAUCAUCACAGGCGCGCAUAUCCCCACUCCUCACCCGAUAUCUCCUCAUCUCCUUCCUCCAAUCCACCUCCUCUCAGCUGGGCCUCCAUUCCCUCUCACACGGCAUCUCCUACCCUACCCUCACACUCGCCAAAUCAUGCAAACUGGUACCCGUCCUCCUAAUGAACCUUCUCCUGUAUCGUCGCCACUUCCCACGAUACAAGUACCUCGUAGUCGGAAUGGUCACCGCGGGUAUCUCGGCAUUCAUGCUUGGAGGGCAGGCCAAGAAGAGUAGUAGCAACAAAGGAGGAGCAGCGGGGGACAGUCUCAUUGGGGUCGCCCUCCUAGUGCUCAAUCUCGUCCUAGACGGGGCCACCAACUCGACGCAGGACGAGGUGUUCCACCGAUGGACCGUCAGCGGGCCGCAGAUGAUGCUGGUCAUGAAUACCCUCUCCUCCCUGCUCCUUGGGGCUAGCCUCGUCUUGCCCCUGCCGGCAAUCCUGGGCGGCACACACGAUAGCAGCGCGAGUGGCACCGUCUCCGGCUCGGAACUAAACGCCGCUCUCUCCUUCAUCUCGCGUCACCCCUCGGUCCUCCGGGACAUCUUGUCCUACGCAAUGGCCGGAGCUCUGGGACAGGUGGCCAUCUUCGAGACCUUGCAGCGUUUUGGCAGCUUGACGCUUGUGAGCAUAACGGUUACGCGCAAGUUGUUCACCAUGCUGUUGAGCUUGAUCGUGUACUCCCAUCGAUUGACGGCGAUGCAGUGGGGCGGGGUGGGGGUGGUCUUUGUUGGGUUGGGAGUGGAGGCGAGAGAGAAGAGGAGGGAAGCGGGUAAGAAGCGGGGUAAGCAGAGCAUGGGAUUGGAUGGGGAUGCGGGGGCAAAUGGUGGGGUAAAGACGACAGAGAAGAAGAAGGUGACAUAG